UUUUCUUAGACAGCUCUUACGGAAUCGGCUGCACUAACCAUUCAUUCAAUUUCCUUGUGCUCACUGUACGCGCUUUGGUGCAACAUGGUCGGAAUUAAGAAAAUCGUAGUUUUUGGUGCCACUGGAACCACAGGUCUCUGCUGCCUUCAAGAAGCCCUGGAUUUAGGUUAUGACGUCACCGCUUUUGUCCGUGACCCGUCCAAAUUACCGGAAGAACUGGCGUCGCAGGUCACUGUGAAGAUCGGCGACGUGUUGAAUGCAUCUCAGGUCGACGACGCCGUUCAAGGUCAAGAUGGCGUCGUCAUCGCCCUGGGAACCAGAAAUGACCUCAGUCCCACAACUAUGAUGUCUGAGGGGACGAAAAAUGUUCUCGCCGCCAUGGACGCCCACGGGGUCAGAAGAGCCUCUGCUUGCAUGUCCGCAUUCAACUUCUGGGAGCGUUCCAAAGUUCCAGAGCGUUUUCUCGAAAUCUUGGCUGACCACGAAAGGAUGAUCGAGGCCUUGAAAGCGAGUAACGUCGAGUGGAUUGGUGUGUUGCCUCCUCACAUCACAGAAGAGCCAGGUACGCGCGACUACACUGUGGAGCAUGGCAAAGGACCAGGCCGUACCAUUUCCAAACACGACCUGGGACAUUUCCUGGUGACCUGCCUUACCGACGACAGUCACGUUCACCAGCUGUGUGGUCUUUGCACCAAGGUCGCUCCAUAAGAGGACGCUGUCCUCAAAUGAAAACCAUAAGAAACCAUGUCCCGAAAUGGUAGCCAUCUGCCGCUUAUGGUUCGCUGAUAUGGUUAUGGGAGUAUAGCAGCAUGAGUAGCAAGUGCGGUAGCUAAUUGUACCUUCAGGAAAAAUGUUAAAUGUUAAGUUCCUAUUCAGGAAAAAGUGGAUAAUUUAAACCAUAAGGAAUGAUCAUAGUAUAACUAUUUAUUUUAUGAAGUACAAUUAAUGGUAUUUUAUUGUAAAUAAAUUAUAUUAAGAUAAUAUAAAUAAAUUUUAACAAAAUUUCAAGAAUAAAUAGGGCAGGUACCCUAUAUUUCAGGAAAAUUCUCUUAAUGAUAAUUGUAAUGUAGGAAUGACCAUUAACUGUACUUUCAUGAAAAGAUUGACAAUUAUGGUAAAAAAACUAUGAUUAAUUCUGUUUUUGUUUUUUUUAGAAGGCAGGAAUCAUAAUUUAAGGAAAAGGCAGUUAUAAUUUAAGGACAAGGUAAGUCAUGAAUACUGAAUAAUGAUAGUGCAAUGAGCACUAUCACUACUCAAUAUUCUGUUACUGUUUGUAUACAGAUACUGUAUUCUAGUUUAAGUUAAGAAAACUAUACACUUUUCAGUAAUAAACGGAAACAAAAGAAAUUGUAAAACGACGAAUAUCACCAAUCGUUACUUGUUUUACUGAUAAAAUAUACUCGUAAUUACAUUUGUUGCUUUCUUACACACACACACACACUGUCAUUGUUAUACAAAAUACAGGUUUGGUACCAAAACAAUCAUUAGUUAAGUUCUUAUUACCUCUCCAACACAGGUAAUGUUAAAGGAAAAUUUUGUAAGGAGCAAAGCAGUCAAAUAACCCAAACACCUAAAGUUUUUAGACCGUUUUACUAUGCUGUCUCUGACAAAGUUAGUCGCUGUUAGAAUUGAUUUUUCAAAUCCUUAGUUUCCUUUUCCAUGUCGUUUACGAGUAGCUGUUGUUAAGAGAAGAGGUUAAGUUUAUUUGUAUAAUUGUGCGUUAAAGUUGCACUGAUUUCAACAGAAAGCGAAAAAUCUAUUUGAAACAGGCCUUGAGAGAUGAUCCAGCCUGCGCUAAAUUUGUACUCGAUUUCGUAGUACACCUUAGUUUGGUUAGUUUUUGGAUCUUAACUUCAGAGGCUAUUCAGGAAAGUGAUAUUAGUCCUAUUGAAUCUCUUCUCUCACUUCAAAGGACUUGCGAAUCAAAUUUUUCUUUUCGAAAAAAAAUAACAAACCAAAGAAGUGCCUUGUGGCAUCUGUUUCACUUGUCACCUGCUUUCCCGCUAUUUUCCUUGACCGUUGCCUGCGUUACCAAUAAUACUUUAUAUUAUAAAUAUCUGAAAUUAUACUUACUAUUAGUAGAUGUCUUCACGUUGGUGGAACAAUGAUUCUUUCAGGUACAAUAUAAGAGAUAAUCAUGAUCUGAAUCAUACAUAUAUUGGUCACAAAUGUUGCGUUAUUAGUGCUACAUGGUUUUAUGAUAAUAGAUGUUGCUUAUAUUUUUAGUACGAUGUUGUCAAACACUCCUAUAAUUAAAGGGUUUACUUUUA